GGAUCUGAGAAUGAAUGUAGUCCCGGUGUGCACUGUGUGUAGGUAGAGACUUGUUGCAUGCUCUUGUUUUAUUGUAGCUGAGCUCGGUGUUCCUCCGCCUCAGGCUUGCUUGGAACCAGCAGGCACAUCCGGGUACACGAUGAUCAGGUGACCCUUCCCUGGUGGACGCAGCACAUAUUUACCAAGAUGACUAUGAACAUCUGUAAAGGAUUUCAGGCAUUAUGUGGAAUAAAUGCACAACCCUGCUAACCGGAGUCUAAUUCCAGCCUUAGGUUUACACAGAAGUCUAGACCAUCUUCAUAUACAGCAACGAGAUGACUCCUUGGUGGUCUUCCAAUAGCCCUGGUCUGGCCUCGGUACUCAUUCUACAGCUUUUGUUGUCUCCGGAAAUACUGACAGGAGAACGUGUGCCUGGAGGACUUGCACGAGACAGUGACGGAAAACAUCAUACAAACCUGGACUCCUUGCUGUCAGAUUAUGAUAUCAUCUCGCUGUCUGGCGUCCAACAGCAUUCUGUGCGGAAACGGGACUUGGAGACACAGUCUCAGGUGGAGAGGAUGUUGGACUUCACAGCCCUAAACAGGCAUUUUCAGCUCUACCUAACAGCUGAUGCAGAUCAUCUCUCAGAAAACUUGAAAGCAGUAGUGCUGGAUGGUAAUGGCAAAGGGAAGGAAUAUCCUGUAAAGCGAUCGGACUUCUUCACUGGCCAUGUCAUUGGGGAACACAAUUCAAAGGUUUUAGCACACAUAGGAGAUGGUGAUUUUACAGCACGGAUCACAGCAGAUGGGGAAGAAUAUAAUAUAGAGCCCCUGUGGAGGUAUACAGAGAAUACAUCAAAGGAUAACCUAUUAGUGUACAGAUCAGAAGACAUCAGAGAAGUUUCCCGUCUACAGUCCUCAAAAGUGUGCGGUUACAUCAAACCAGAACAAGAUCUUUUCAGGAAUCAGCCAGACCCCUCGGAUACUCAUGAACAUUUCCAUCGAGAGAAGAGACAGAGGGCAGGUCCUGAUCCAAAUAAGAACACUUGCAAAAUGCUGGUAGUGGCUGAUCAUCGAUUUUUCAGCUUCAUGGGGCGGAAUGAGGAGAGUACCACCAUAAACUAUCUGAUCGAGCUGAUUGACCGAGUGGAUGACAUAUACAGAAAUACCUCGUGGGAUGCCCAGUGGAAAGGAUAUGGAGUACAGAUUGAACAGAUCAUUGUUCACAAGGAGCCAGAGAAUGUGUCCAAUUCCAAGAUACACUACAACAUGGCCAGAAAUUAUCCGAAUGAGAACAAGGAUGCCUGGGAUGUAAAGCAGCUGCUGGAGCAGUUCAGCUAUGAUAUAUCAGAAAAGGCAUCUGGUGUCUGUCUGGCCCAUCUCUUCACCUAUCAGGACUUUGACAUGGGGACUCUAGGAUUGGCUUACGUAGGAUCCCACAAGCCAAACACCCAUGGAGGGAUCUGCCCCAAAGCUUAUAAAAGUGAAUCAUCACAGAAGCCUGUUUAUUUAAACACCGGUUUAACGAGUACAAAAAAUUAUGGGAAAACCAUUCUAACAAAGGAAGCUGACCUGGUGACUACUCAUGAGUUGGGCCAUAACUUCGGGUCUGAACACGAUCCAGACAGCAUGGAGCUGUGUGCACCCAGUGAGGAUCGAGGUGGGAAAUAUGUGAUGUACCCUAUAGCUGUGAGUGGAGACCACCAGAACAAUAAGAUGUUCUCUAGCUGCAGCAGAGAAUCCAUCCUGCGCACACUGAUGAGCAAGGCAUCCAUCUGCUUUAAGGAACGCAACAACAAAGUGUGUGGAAACUCGAGAGUGGAUGAGGGGGAGGACUGUGACCCAGGCCUGCUACGUCAGCACAACGAUCUCUGUUGUACCUCCGACUGCAAAUUCAGGGAGAACGCAAUAUGCAGUGAUCGCAACAGUCCAUGCUGUAAAAAUUGCCAGUUUGAAACUGCUCAGAAGAAAUGCCAGGAAGCCAUUAAUGCUACUUGUAAAGGAGAGUCCUUCUGCACAGCAGUGUCCUUUUCAGGUAACAGCAGUGAGUGCCCCGCACCUGGCAGUGCAGCCGAUGACACGGAGUGCGUGGAUUCUGGGAAAUGUUUUGGCGGAGAGUGCCGGCCUUUCUGCGAGAUUGAAAAGAAUCUCAAGUCAUGUGCCUGCAAUGAAACGGAACAAUCCUGUAAAGUGUGCUGCCGGGACCACAAUGGAAUCUGCAGUCCGUACAUGAGCGAUAAGAAGCAGUACCUUUUCCUGCGUAAAGGAAAGCCGUGCACUGUGGGCUUCUGUGACGGGAAUGGAAAGUGUGAGAAACAGGUCCAGGAUGUGAUCGAGAGGAUCUGGGAUUUUAUUGACAAGCUUAGUAUCAACAUGUUGGGCAAGUUCCUGGCUGAUAACAUUGUGGGGUCUGUCAUCGUGUUCUCUUUGCUCUUCUGGAUCCCUCUCAGUAUACUGGUCCACUGUGUGGAUAAGAAAAUGGACAAGCAGUAUGAGGAAAAUGCCAAAUCCUUAUUUUUGCCAAGUAAUGUGGAAAUGCUCAGCAGUCUGGAUUCUGCUCCUGUACGAAUUGUUAAGCCUUUCCCUUCUGCCCAGGCCGCUAGCCGAUUCCAGUCCCUACAGCAAACACCAGCUGUGCCAACCUCUGCCUCUGCCAAAGGUGACCAUCAAAGAAUGGAUACCAUCCAGGAGGACCCAAGUACAGACUCUCAUCUCGAUGACCAGUUCGAUGACGAUCCCUUUCCUACCAGUGGAUCUCCUGCAAAGUCCUUUGAAGACCUCACUGACCACCCCGUCACCAGAAGUGAAAAGGCUUCAUCUUUCAAACUGCAGCGUCAGGGGCGUGUGGACAGCAAGGAGACAGCAUGCUGAUAUGUCAUAGUGCACUGAAACAUUGACAAUCAUUUCAUGAUUAAUUGUAGACAAUCUGUAUUACCAGGAGCCACAACUUAUGACAAUCUAGUCCAUAAAACUGCACUGAUUCCUGAUAUUUUCAGAUAUUGUAUAUACUUCAUGUUUUUGAAAAUAAGUGUUUUGUAUGCUUUAACCAUUAACUUAAAGGGAAGUCGAUAUAAGAUGUUAUACAAUUCUAUUUAUGUUUAAACAGCCAAAGGUAGGAGAUUUUAUUUUGGGGCCAUUGGGAGUUAUAAAAAGGUCUAUAUUUAUAAGGUUUUAUUUCUAGAAUAAAGACCUCUAUGAUAUGGUUAA